UCUAGUCUGGAUGCGGAUCCCGUAGCGAUAACAAAUCAAACCGAAUAAUAGACGGAAUAAAGCGCGACAGCGGGGAUGGACGGAGGGACCGAGCUUUCCGCGAGCAUCUCUCAGAUCGUGCAGCGCCUCAGAGGGACUCAUUUACACUCCCAGAUCGAGAGGCAAGCCAAAGAGUGUUUACAUCAGCCGGACAUUAAGCUGGAGUCUCUUAAAGAGGAUGUCCGCAGUUUCCUGAAAGCGUCAGGCUGGGAGAGAAAGCUGCAGAAUGCGGUGUACAGAGAGCUGCACAUCCAGCUGCCCCCGAGCCACCCCGCCGCCCCCCCGGAGCACCUCAAGGAGCCGCUGGCCUACAUGCGCAAGGCACAGGCCAGCUGGGAGAAGCGUGUCCUUAAAAGCCUGAACAGCAUGAGCACGGAGCUCGGCGUGCCUCUGGCUCGAAUGAGGCCCGCGGCGGAGCAGAAGGAGCUCGCCAACAAAUGGAACGAGAUGGGCACGGAUGAACCAGAUUUGACUCGGUUCAGGCCUGUUUACGCCCCCAAGGACUUCCUGGAGGUGUUGAUCAGCCUGAGGAACCCGAACCACGACAGCAGCGAGGACGUCGGCGUGCGGAGCCACUGGGGCCUCAUCCAGGUUCCCCUCAACGUCCGGGACGUCCCGCAGCUGAGGCAGGCCUACUCCGAGCUCAACCUGACCAACGGGCAGCUGGGAAUCGACGACAACGCGCACAUCCAUCCAGAUUUGUUUGAAAACGAGUACAUUCAGGUCGGGAAGAAAGUGGUCGCGGAGCAGGACAGCGCCGCGGCGCAGCAGUACAGCCGGCAGGGCUGCCCCACCGGGCUCCGGGCCGAGCUGUGGGGCCUGAUCCUCAACUCCACCAACCAGCCCCAGGACGUCAUGCAUUAUGAGCAGCUGAAAGCCGGAGUCAUCCAACACGACCUGCUGGUGGACAACCUCAUCUAUAAAGAUGUGAAGCUCACCGCCAGUAACGACGAUUACUACUUUGUGUUUGAAGACUUUCUCUACCAGGUGAUGCUGUGUUUCUCCCGCGACACCGUCGUGCUGGAACACUUCAAGUACAACAGCGCCACUCCGCCCAGAUCCUACAUCCAGGGGAAAGCGGGGGACCAGGAAUGCGAAGUCGUUUAUCCUCCCAACGGCGUGAUUCCUUUCCACGGCUUUUCAAUGUACGUGGCGCCUCUGUGCUUCCUGUACAACGAGCCGUCCAAGCUGUACAGCGUCUUCAGGGAAAUGUACAUCCGCUACUUCUUCCGGCUGCACUCCAUCUCCUCGUCCCCCUCGGGCAUCGUGUCCCUGUGCCUGCAGUUCGAGCGCCUGCUCCAGGCCCACCUGCCGCAGCUCUUCUACCACCUGCGGCAGAACGGCGCUCAGCCCUUGCGUAUCGCCUUCAAGUGGAUGGUGCGAGCCUUUUCCGGCUACCUCUCCACUGACCAGCUGCUCCUGCUGUGGGAUCGGAUCCUGGGAUAUGAUUCGCUGGAGGUGGUUGCAGUCCUCGCCGCCGCCGUGUUUGCCUUCCGCGCCGAGAACCUGAUGGAAGUGACGUCGCUGGCCUCGGCCGAGGCCGUCCUCGCCGACCUGUCCACCCUGAAGGUCAUGCCACUCAUCCAGAUCUUCCUCUUCGCCACGGCCAUCUGAGGAACGCCGAGACCACGGUCCGGAGGAGGGACCCGACGCCAGAAAAGCGCCGCUCGGGGUAUGAUGCCAUGACCACGCUUACAUAACUAAUCCACCCCUGGAGGAGCCAAGUACACGGGCUGCGGAGGGGAGACCUGCACUUGCAUCUUCUCGCACUGGUCGAAGCAAAUAAAAAGAAAAGAAGAAGCCAAACCCGUCUUGAGCAUGUCCGCACCGUGAAUACCGACUAUCUAUAUCAUGUUAUUCGAGAAUAUCCGAGCCCGUGAGGCUCAGCCGGCCUCCUCGAGCCGUACGCUCUGCGGGGAAGCCGAUACGCGCUCGCAGCCGAAGCUCAUUAGGAGCCGGCGAGCAAUCGUGGCGGCGUGCGAGGGAGAACAACGGCGGAGUCUCCCAGCUUCGGCUAAUGAAGUGUUAAUUAGCUCAUGUGAUGUCUUUCUGCGGCGCGGCUCCGGCUUGUUAUAACGCCAUUAGAUAAUCCUGCCGGGGAGAUUAGAGGCUCGCCGAAAGAAACGGGAGAAAAGACGCAAACCGCGCGCCGUUACAAUUAGAAGCUGCUGCAUCCAGACAUAGUUUGAUGUGUUUAUCAUCAAGGUAUUGAGUAUUGGCGCACUCUUAAAGGGACAUCCAGCACCUUCAAGUGCCAAGGUUCACCUGUUUUUCACUUUAUCGAAUGUUUUUCUUCAUGUACUGUAAAACGAUGCUGGUUCAACCUCCAUUUAAUAUGUAACCUGGCUGCUGCCAAGUGUUGACUUAGGUAUGAAAACUGGGUCGUUUCUGCAUAUCGACGUCUCCCGAAACCGAUGGGCUAAAAAUAAUCAACCUCCCGAUCGCGCCGUUUCACCCCGAUGGUGUAACAGUCUGUCAAGAGGGGGACUUACGGCUGUUUUAGUUAUAAAACUUGAAAAACCGACACGGUUUUAGGAAGGUGACGAAAUACAGUAGGGGUGUCAAACGAGGCCUGUGGGUUUUCAGAGGUGAUUCUCGACAAAACGGUUAAUUUUCUGUUCCAAACAUGACUGUAUUUGCAUCAUUAAUAAUGUAAGAAAAUGAAAUGACGGCGAUUAGGACAUAAAUAGUGUUACAGUAUUUUAAAUCGCAUAAAAUGAGGAAAUGGUGAGUGCAGUAUGAAUGCUCGGUAUUUUAAAUCGAGGCUCGCUGUUACUUUGAACUUGUACGUUUGUUUUCUAACUUUCUGGAAACUUGAGACGCCGCCGUGUUUUUCCACCAUCCCUGGCAGUUGUCCCCAAAGUUUUCACAUGUCAUCUUGUGUGUGACAACCGGGAAAACGUGAGUAUUUCUGCUAUGCGCAGACUCUAAAGCAGUUCAAACAUGAAAAGUAGGUUAAACUUAAUUAUCUCGUUGAACCUGCUUUUCUUUUCACGGCAGCCAGGUCACAUUUUGGGGUAUAGUUCAUCUCAUGACUGUUUGUUUUACUGUGUCAUUUUGUUUAUUUAUUUUUUAAUACCUCAUGUGUUGUUAAUGUUAUUUGCAGGUCAGUUCCAUGUGCAGGUUUAAUUUAAUUAUUAUUUUUUUUU